AUUUAUACUUAUAGAAGGCGAUCGCUAAAAUUAAAAAAUAGAUUUAAUUUAAAGUGUUUUACUAAAUUUGUAUGAAAAUAAUUUAAUCGAUCAGAGUUUGUUAUUUAGUCUAAUAAAGAUCUGUGUUUAAUUUUUGAAUUGAAAAUUGUUUGAAAUUCGAACAAAUCAACAUGGACCCAGCCGUAGAUGGCGUUGUAAAUUAUUGGAUAAAAAUUGCAAAAGAUUUUGAAGAUAAAUAUAUAGCCUGUAAAGAUGAAUUCGACGAAUUUCAAUCCAGUAGUAGAGAGUUAGAGCAAGAACUCGAGUGCCAAAUUGAAAUCACAGAGAAAAAGAAUAAAGAACUUUCUAAAACUAUUCAAAAGUUACAAUUUGAGAAUGAAGAUUUAAGAGAAAUAGUGCAAAAUCUGAGAGAGAGUUCGACUAGGACUAUUUCUGAAUUAGAGGAACGACUGAAGAGAUCAGAUGAAUUCGCCUCUAAUCUCAAACAGCAAGUCAGAUCUCUCGAACAAGAUAACGAUGAUCUGGAGAGAGCUAAGAGAGUAGCCAUGGCUUCGUUAGAAGACUUUGAAUUAAAACUCUAUCAGGAGUUGGAACGAAACGCCUUAUUAGAAAGCGAACUAGACGAGAAGCAUGAACUGAACGAAUGCAUGCAGAGACUUAAAGAUGAAGCCAGAGACCUCAAACAAGAGCUUCUAGUCAAAACGAAGUCGGACAGUGAUGCCCUGACGAAUGACGACAAAAAGUCAAACAUAGACAAUAAAACAACGACAGCCGUAUCAACGUCCAAAGAUUCGAAAAUAACGAGUGGAUUGCAGUCUCAGACUUCCCCGCUGACGCCAGCCGUCUGUAUAUCGGCCAUGAACAUCGUCACUGACCUACUGAGAAGAUUUGGGAGCAUGGAGACUCAGUUCGCCACUUUCAAAGCAAUGAGCAACCAGGGACCCAGCACACCAUCAUCAUCACCUCCACCACCAUCAUCAUCACCACCUCCACCAUCAUCAUCAUCAGUAGCAAAAUCAUCAUCGCCACCAACUCCAACAACGUCAUCAUCUUCAUCACCAUCAUCUUCAAAGAUAGCCAGAAUAUCAGUUGAUCUUGCAGUCAUGAGUGGGAGUGAGAAGAAAGGCAAAGAAAAUGUCCUUAGAUCUAGCCUUAGAAGGAAAAAAGCCCUGAUGGCUCCAAAGGUCCUGUUAAAGUAAAUCACCCCCCCCGACGAUGAUGAUGGUGAUCCGGCUGUGAAGUUGACUCCUCCCACUAACAAAAUAUUCAGCCAAUCAUAUCCGAGAUAAUUAAUGAACAUUUAAAAUGUGUAAAAUUUAGCCAAUCACGUUCGAGAUAGCGUUUAACUUGAAAAUGUACAUACCUUUUUAUUGAACAAUUAUAUACUAUAUAUAUAAAUAUAGUAUACAUAUGGUACAUUUAUAUAUAUAUGUUUAUGUAUGUGUGUGUGUAUGUAUGUUGGUUUGUUUGUGUGUUUAUGCAUGUAUAUGUAUAUAUAUAUAUAUAUAUAUAGUGUAUGUAUGUACAUUGUUGUUAUAUAGAUACUUAUAUAGCGUUUUAUAAUAUGUACUGCAUGUUAAAGAUUGCCUUUCUCUAGUAUUUUUGGAUCAUUUAUAUUUCUCCCCGAUCGAAUAGAUAGUAUAAAAUUUCACUUUUAAACUUCAAAAUAAUAAUAACAAUAA